GACCAUGUUACAGAAAAUUUAUAAACCCCCCCUUUCGUUGGACCGGAGCCAGAAAAUUCCGGAUUCUGGGAAUUCGUGCGUUGAAAAUUUUCUUCUCGGACAAGAAAUUUCCACAAGUUGGGCUGCUAAACGAACAUAUUUAGCAGAAAAAAUGUAUAUUUGGACCAGUUUAACGAAUUGUUUGGCCGGAUAAUCCGUAUCACCUAAUCCUAAUGCAUAGGGACCAUAUCAAUUAUACGAGAACGAAAUUACAAAAGAGUUAGUCUGUUAAGUAGUUAUAGAGAAGAAGGGAACAGAAGAAACUGGUAAAAUAGUAAUGGUUACGUUUGGUAUUUCCAAGAUGGAAACAGUGUACGCCCGUUACACCUGUCAGCCGGCACUCCAAGUCCCAGAAAACGACAUGAAGCAAAAUUCCAUGAAAUAAAACGAAGGAAGUAAAUAAAGAAAAAACUAGAGUCGAAGAAACCAGGGAAUGAGAAGACGAUAGAGCCUGCAAUGGCAGGCAGGCGUGCAAAGGCGUUGGGACAGAGCGAGGCGUGAUUCGAACCGGUGACCUCUUUGGAUCUGCCGGAUUUGUUCUGCAAUACGAACAAUACUGUUGCUGUCACGCCUCUUGUUGGAAUGUAGGGCGGGAGGAGGCGAGUCUUUGCAUUGCUUUGUUUCCUUUUGCCCAUACAUUGACUUCGCGGAACGCGCCAAAUGAAAGAAAACGAAGUUCUGUUCUUGAGGCUCGGUGCUCCUCUUGCUUUACUUACUUGAGAAGAAGCAAUGCGGGGGAAGUUAAGGGAUUUGGUAGGGUUUUUACUUUGGCCCAGGGCUUGUUUCCAAUUACAAACGGUUUUUCAGUAGAUGGAUUCGCACGCUACCCUGAGAUCCCGAUUCUUCUUUGUUAGCUUGCUUUUUUAGUCGUGUUGAUCGUCCAUGGAUCUUUGAAUGUAUGUUUUGUUCUUCAUUUUUUUAAUUCGGCUCGAUGGAGUAGAGGGUUUGCUUUGUACUGCAGAGCUUAGCAUUUUCCGCAGCAUGUUUUAGUUUGACGCGACAGGCGACAGGAUUAGAACCCGGUACACCAAAGGAGUUAAUAGUCAGAAGCAACAUAAUUAAGGCGGAGCUGUGCCAAUGCAGUAAAUACAAGAUGGCAGCAAAUUAUUAAAGAAUGCAAUGUUGUAACAUUAUGCAGGGAGUUGCCAAAGAAAGAUCUUAAUAAUUACUUUGAGGAAUUUGAAAAAGAAGUGGUCCAGCAGCGGAAAGGAUUUGUGGUUAUUGUUUUAAAAAUUAUUGUUAUUAUGGGAUCCGUGUGUGGAAAACCCCGAGGCAGGUCGGAGAGUCCUGCAGAGAAGAGGGGUUUGUCCUCUAUCACCAGUCACUCACCGGCUGCCCGCCGGCUGGUGGUGCCUGCGGGAAGGGAUGAAGUCAUCGAGAGGGACGGCAGCGGGCAGGAGAGGGAUCACAGGGCUAAGCAUAAGGGUAAGGUCGGCAAUGGUGCUGCCCCGGUUUCUCUGCUGGCAGAUGAUGGCGAAAAACAGCGGCAUCAGCAGCAGCAUCAACAGCAACAGCAGCAGCAACAGCAGCAGCAUCGGCAUCCACACCAUCAGAGGCCGCCGGUGGAUAUUAUUUCCAAUACCAAUUCGAACCUCAGGCUGGGGAAUCCACCAAGACACACGGAAGGUGAACAGGUUGCUGCUGGAUGGCCAGCAUGGCUCACUGCUGUCGCAGGUGAAGCCAUCAAGGGAUGGAUUCCUCGUCGGGCAGAUUCAUUUGAGAAGCUUGAUAAGAUCGGACAAGGAACUUACAGCAAUGUGUAUAAGGCACGUGAUCUCGACACUGGAAAAAUUGUUGCGCUAAAGAAGGUGCGGUUUGACAAUUUGGAGCCUGAAAGUGUGCGCUUUAUGGCAAGAGAGAUACAGGUUUUACGUAGACUUGAUCAUCCAAACGUGGUGAAGUUGGAGGGAUUGGUUACUUCACGAAUGUCCUGCAGUUUAUAUCUUGUAUUUGAAUACAUGGAACAUGAUCUUGCUGGUCUUGCUGCGUGCCCAGGAAUUAAGUUCACUGAACCGCAGGUGAAAUGCUAUAUGCAACAAUUGCUCCGUGGACUUGAUCACUGCCAUGGCCGUGGUGUACUACAUCGUGAUAUCAAGGGUUCAAAUCUUUUAAUUGACAAUGGGGGUGUUCUAAAGAUAGCUGAUUUUGGAUUGGCUACUUUCUUUCACCCUGAUCAAAGGCAGCCCUUGACAAGCCGUGUGGUAACACUUUGGUAUCGGCCUCCAGAACUUUUACUUGGCGCCACUGAAUAUGGAGUUGCUGUGGACUUAUGGAGCACAGGUUGCAUACUUGCAGAGCUGCUUGCUGGAAAACCUAUAAUGCCAGGGAGAACAGAGGUGGAACAGCUGCACAAAAUCUUUAAGCUGUGUGGUUCGCCAUCAGAAGAUUAUUGGAGAAAGUCAAAGUUGCCACAUGCAACCAUCUUCAAGCCACAACAACCUUACAAGCGUUGUGUUGCAGAGAACUUUAAAGAUUUCCCAGCGUCGGCUUUGGCUCUGAUGGAUGUUCUUCUUGCUAUAGAACCUGCUGAUCGUGGAACUGCAGCUGCAGCUCUAAAGAGUGAUUUCUUCUGCACAAAGCCACUUGCCUGUGAUCCUUCAAGUUUGCCCAAAUACCCACCAAGCAAGGAGUUCGAUGCAAAAAUUCGAGAUGAGGAGGCAAGAAGGCAAAGAGCAGCAGGAGGAAGAGGACGAGGGUCUGAUGCUACCAGACGAUUGCCACGAGAAUCUAGAGCAGUUCCUGCCCCAGAUGCCAAUGCGGAAUUAGCAACAUCCAUACAGAAGCGGCGAAUGACCACACAAGCAUCUUCUAAAAGCAAGAGUGAGAAGUUCAAUUCUCACCAGGAGUAUGAUGCUGUUGGCUUUCCUAUUGAUCCUCCAAGGCCAGUGCAAGUCUUUACUGAAGCAGGUGGAACCUCUCGUGGGUAUUUUCAACAAGCAGGGCCUUCUCAUUCUGGCCCACUAUCAAAUACAUAUUCACGUACUUCAACAUGGGGAAAAAAACUGAAGGAAGAUGAUAUACGGAUGGCACCAAAUCGAUCAUCAUCACGCUCAAAGCAAUCGGCACUCCCUGAAUUUAAGAAGCAGGGGGCUUAUGGACCUGAAACUGGGGCGGAUUUGUCAAAUUUCUCUAGUUUAGUAGCAGCAAGAAGUAAUGCUGGCAUAGAUCCACAUAGGGAGCGGAGUAGCAUGCCACAACACAAUUAUAUUGAUGCAAUAGAUGGCAUCUAUAAUAAUGGCAAACACGAAUAUCUUGAAGUUCCUGAACAUUCAAUAAAACAAGAUUGGACUCAGGUUCAGCAACAAGAAUCAUUCAAAGGCUUAGAUAAUUAUCAAUUGCAAGAGUUGCCUGCAACUCAUUUUCGAAGGGAAGAAAGGGUUGCUUCCAAAGAACCUACUAUGGGCUAUGGUGGUCCAGGGGAGAGAAUACAUUACUCGGGGCCUCUGCUACCACCAUCUGGAAACGUUGAUGAGUUAUUAAAAGAACAUGAGCGACACAUCCAGCAAGCUGUGCGUAGAGCCCGGCAAGAUAAGGUUAAGUCACAAAGAAACAAUUCAUCACACCUAGACAGGAAGGCAUUUGAACAAGUAAGUUUUGUUUCUUUGGCAAAUGGAAAUGCAGGAUCUGUGGAUCAUGAGAGUGAACUGCUGAUGCCAGCAGGCAGCAGCAGGCUGAAAGUGAGUAAGACAAGAGGGAUCGAGGAAAUUGUUGAACUUAAGGAAUUAGAGAGAGAACCCCUCUCAUCAGUUGUGGAAAACUCUGAAAGGGAGCAAGAUUUGUGAUGUUUUCCUUACGUUCAUAUUAGGCCCUGAAAAUGGGACGAGCCUAUAUUCCCGUGUAUGUAAAUUAAUGUGGUUGUCACAUCUCUGAGAAAAAAUUGAGAUCGGAUUAUUUGAGCGAAGGCAGUGUUUUAAUUUACUUCUACCCAGAGUCCUUGCAGGCAUGAAUUCCAGUGUCAUAUGAACACAAUGCAUUGGUUUUCUCUAUGAGACGUAUGGGAAUUAUUGUAUUUUUAGAUUCUUGAUGGCCACAUGAACUUGCAGCAAUGUAACCAAGCAUUGUUGGAAUUGUAUAAUAAGGUUUUGGCCAUCGUUGCCUUUGCAUAUGAUGCAGCUAUUGUUGUAAAUGUUAUGAAUAUAUGAGGUUAGAGGAACAAGUCUCAGAUGUCAUUAUUUUCUUUUUUUCCCAUUGCAAUGAAAUACAGGCAAGGUUCACUAAGAAUUUUGCUUUGUCAUUAUAGAA